ACCGUAACGGCCAUGAAUCCCGACUUGGUCGUGGGGAUUGACCGGCGCCGAGUCAUGCCGCUGGCGGACGCGCAGGUGGUGGUGGCAUCCGUCAGCACGAUCGUGCGGACCUCGCGGCUCCAGAAGUACGAUCCCGCGGAAUUCAAGACCAUCAUUGUGGACGAGUGCCACCAUGCGCCGGCGAUGUCGUGGAUGAAGAUCUUGAGCCACUUCGGCGCGUUGUUGCUGGGCCUGGAGGUCGGGGUGGUUGGCUUCACGGCCACCAUGGAGCGCGCAGACGGCAAGGCGCUCGGCGAAGUGUUCGAGAAGAUCGUGUACCGGCGCGACUUGCAGCAGAUGGUGCGGGCCGGCGAGCUCUGUGACGCACGGUUCUUGUCCAUGGACGUGGACGUGGAUCUCGAUGGCGUGAAGCGCAUGGGCGGCGACUACGACCCGCGCCAGUUGGACUCUGUGGUCAACUGCGAGAACGUCAACGGGCAGGUGGUCAAGGCGUACAUGCAGCUUCGCCACGAGUUCGGGCUCAAGUCCACGCUUGUGUUCUGCGUGAGCGUGGAACACUGCCAGGCCAUCUGCGGCGCACUCCAGGCCUACGGCAUCAACGCUCAGUAUGUCGCGGGCACCACCGACAAGCACGUGCGCCAGACGGUGGUCAGCGACUUCCGCAGCGGCAAGAUCGCGGUCUUGUGCAACGUGCUCGUGUUCACCGAGGGCACGGACAUCCCCAACAUCGACCUGAUCAUCUUGGCGCGGCCCACCAAGUCGCGGCCCUUGCUCACGCAGAUGGUGGGACGCGGGCUCCGGCUCCACGAGGGCAAGACCACGUGCUACGUGAUCGACAUGGUGCACACCUUGCGCGUGGGCGUGCUGUCCGUGCCCACCUUGUUUGGGCUUCCACCCACGACCCCCUUGAACGGCAAGAACUUCGAGGAUCUCUUGAAGGACCAGGAACAGGCCGACAUGGAGAAGGCCGAGCGUGCUGCCCGCCAGCGUGAGCUGGACGUGCUCCGCAUCAUAGAGUACCAGCGCGAGGUGCAGCACAUCCAGCUCCAGUUCGAGGAGUUCUCCAGCUUCGGCAAGUUGCUUUCGAAGGAGAAGUUCGCGGACCCGCCCGAGCGCGUCCUUGAAUUGUUCCGCCGCUCCGGCUAUGACUGGGUGCGCUUGGAGUACAACACGUGGGGAAUCCCGCUCAACAACUGGACGUCGUACCUCACCAUGGAGCGAAUAAACACGGAGAACGACGGCUCAUAUUUCGAGCUUUACCUUAACGUGCCCGUCAGCUACUAUGUAUUGCGUGCCAGCAAGUUCCAGUGCCCGAGAAAACAGCGGAGUCUCUUGAACCAGGGUAGCUUGGACUUCCUCUUGACAGUGGCGGCGCAGACGUUGGGGCAGAAACCGUUCCAGGCGCACCUGAAAAAGCCUGCGCUGGAAAGGCAGAUCGACUUCUUGUUCUCGUCGUUGCAGGCCAAGGUGCGUGCGACUCACGGGGCCUCCCGGCUCGAUGACUUCCACCAGGCCUUGACUAAGAUCAGCUCACGCCGUGCGCAUAACUUGAUCUUCGCGUUCAAGUACUCGUUGAACUGUCUCUGGGUGUCGUGGGAGCUCCGCAAGUUUUUGGGCAUG